UCACCCGCCCUUCGGAGGCCCGGACGCCCCCGCGCCUUGCUCCGCGCCCCCCGGGCCCCGUCCCCGCGGCGCGAGCCCCGUGCCCCCGCCCCCGACGCGGACAGCGCGGCCCCUUUAAGGGCCCGGCGGCGCGGACGCCCGGGGUCGCGGCGGUGCUGGGCUCGCGGCGCCUCGGUGCUCCCGGGUGCUGGCGGGCCGCUCGGUCACCAUGCGGGCGCUGCGCGGCCGGGUGGCGCUGGCGCUGGCGGUGGGCGCGGGGCUGGGCGCGGCGGCCGAGGGCUGGCGGCGGCGGCGCGGGGAGGACGCGCGGGCCGAGGGGCUGCUGCGGCGGCUGCCCGUGCUGCCCGUGGCGGCGGCGGCGUCCGGCGUGCCCGCGCUGCCCGGGGCCCCGGCCGGCGAGCUGGCCAAGUACGGGCUGCCGGGGCUGGCGCAGCUCAAGAGCCGCGACUCGUACGUGCUCUGCUACGACCCGCGCACCCGCGGCGCGCUCUGGGUGCUGGAGCAGCUGCGGCCCGAGCGGCUGCGCGGCGACGGCGACCGGCGCGCCUGCGACUUCCGCGAGGACGACUCGGUGCACGCCUACCACCGCGCCACCAACGCCGACUACCGCGGCAGCGGCUUCGACCGCGGCCACCUGGCCGCCGCCGCCAACCACCGCUGGAGCCAGAAGGCCAUGGACGACACCUUCUACCUGAGCAACGUGGCGCCCCAGGUGCCCCACCUCAACCAGAACGCCUGGAACAACCUGGAAAAGUACAGCCGCAGCCUGACCCGCAACUACCAGAACGUCUAUGUCUGCACGGGGCCGCUGUUCCUGCCCAGGACGGAGGCUGAUGGCAAGUCCUACGUGAAAUACCAAGUCAUCGGCAAGAACCACGUGGCAGUGCCCACACACUUCUUCAAAGUCCUCAUUCUGGAGUCGGCAGGCGGGCAGAUCGAGCUCCGCUCCUACGUGAUGCCCAAUGCGCCCGUGGAUGAGACCACCCCGCUGGAACGCUUCCUGGUGCCCAUCGAGAGCAUCGAGCGGGCAUCUGGGCUGCUCUUCGUGCCAAACAUCCUGGCACGGGCAGGCAACCUGAAGGCCAUCACCGCGGGCAGCAAGUGAGGGCUGUGCCGGCCCAACCAGGAACUGAGAGGACAUUAAAGGUGGCCGCUUCUCA